AUCCACCAGACCUUGCAGCGCAGCAAAACAUCUUGUUGACCCGACCUCCCAUAUAACUCGCCAUAGCAAUCACCCAGCCCUCAACCACGGAACACAAUGUCGCACUCCCAUUCCCACGACGGCUCCUCCCACCCGCACUCGCACUCGCACGGCGACGCCGCCGCCGUCGACCAUGGACACACGCAUGAGAUCCUCGACGGACCCGGGUCGUACCUGGGGCGCGAGAUGCCCAUCAUCGAAGGACGAGACUGGGACGAUCGAGCCUUCACGGUCGGAAUUGGCGGACCCGUAGGAUCGGGAAAGACGGCUCUCAUGCUGCAACUCUGCAAGGCGCUACGAAGCCGCUACUCCAUCGCCGCCGUCACAAACGACAUCUUUACGCGCGAGGACUGCGAGUUUCUGACGCGCAACAACGCAUUGCCUUCCGACCGCAUCGUGGCCGUCGAAACGGGCGGCUGCCCCCACGCCGCCGUCCGCGAGGACAUAUCGACCAACCUCCUGACGCUCACCAACCUGCACCACCGCUUCGACACGGACCUCCUCCUCAUCGAGUCCGGCGGCGACAACCUCGCCGCAAACUACAGCCGUGAACUGGCCGACUUCAUCAUCUACGUCAUCGAUGUCGCCGGCGGCGACAAGGUGCCUCGUAAAGGCGGCCCGGGCAUCACGCAGAGCGACCUGCUCGUCGUGAAUAAGAUUGACCUGGCCGAGGCCGUGGGCGCCGAUCUGUCCGUCAUGGAGAGGGACGCGAGGAAGAUGAGGCAGGGCGGUCCGACCACGUUUGCCGUCGUGAAGCAGGGGAAGGGCGUCGAUGAGAUAGUGGAUUUGAUUCUGAGUGCGUGGAAGGCGAGUGGGGCGACGCAGGCGAGGAAGGAAAAGUACGUGCCUGUUGUCAUGGAGUGAGGGGGGUAGAGGGAGAGAGGCUAGUUGCAGGGUGCAUCUCAAUCACCGCCACGGUCGCGGAAUUCGGAUGCUGAGGGUCCGGCAUAGGUCAUGUCAC